UAUUUCAUACAUCAUACACCUACUUGCACCUACUAUCUACAAUCAAAAAUCGCUCUCGUGGCAUCUAUCGUAUCCAUUGAAUUACAUCGUCCACGAUGAUGUAUCUUGGCCAAAGUUUAUUGUGUUUUCUCUGCAUUUUCACAAUUGCAAAUGCCGGUGGACAUACACUCGUUCUUCUAGACAAUCUUGGAAUCAAAGAAACACAUUCAAUAUUUUUCAAAUGGCUCCAAGAUCGUGAUUACACACUGACAUACAAGCUAGCAGAUGAUCCCAAUCUGAUUCUCUCAAAGUAUGGAAAUUACUCAUACGAGCAUUUAAUUAUUUUUUCACCGUCAGUCGAAGAAUUUGGUGGAGCAUUGACUAUUGAAACAAUAACUGAAUUUAUUGACAACGGCGGUAAUGUUUUGGUGACUGGUUCGUCUCAUUCAGGUGAAGCUCUGAGAGAAUUAGCGAGCGAGUGUGGCUUUGAAUUGGACCAAGAAGAUGCUAGUGUUAUUGAUCAUCUAAACUACGACGUAACUGAUGAUGGAUAUCACACUAAAAUCGUCGCUGAUCCAGAGAACCUUAUCAAUGCACCGGUCAUCGUUGGAAACAAACAAGUUGCUCCGUUACUUUAUGAAGGAACUGGGUUGAUUGCUGAUAGGGAGAAUCCUCUGGUUCUUCGAUUACUUACAGCGUCUAGCUUGGCGUACUCAUACAAUCCUAAACUACCGAUCAAAGAUUAUCCUCAUGCUGUUGGAAAAAAUACUCUGCUGAUUGCUGCUCUUCAGGCGAGAAAUAACGCUCGUGUUGUAUUUACUGGCUCUCUUUAUUUCUUCAGUGAUGAAGCUUUCACCAGUUCUGUUGAAAAAGCUCAAGAUGGCAAACGAUACGAAAAGUCAGGAAAUGAAGAAGUUGCUAAAGCAAUAACUCAAUGGGUCUUCAAAGAAAACGGUGUAAUUCGUGUGUCAUCUGUUAAUCACAACCGAAUUGGUGAACACAGUCCGCCAGUUGCUUACACCAUAAUGGAUGACGUUAUUUACACAAUUACUGUUGAAAAAUUGAUGGGUGACAAAUGGGUACCUUACGAGGCCAAUGAUUUACAACUUGAGUUCGUAAGAAUCGAUCCGUUUGUCCGCAUGACCAUGACACCCUCUGGGUACGGCCGGUAUGAAGCACGAUUCAAGAUUCCUGAUGUCUACGGUGUCUACCAAUUUAAAGUCGAUUACAACAGGAUCGGCUUGACUCACUUGUACAGCACCACUCAAGUAUCAGUUCGUCCUCUCGAACAUACUCAGUACGAACGAUUCAUCCCAAGUGCAUACCCAUACUACGCAAGUGCGUUCUCGAUGAUGUUCGGUGUUUUCAUAUUUUCAUUUGUAUUUCUUCACUACAAAGAUAAUAGCAAAACAAAGGCUGAAUAAGCCUAUUCACACUAACUGUUUUUUUACCAACUAUUUUAUGUACAGACUGAAUUAAAUUACAGUAAAACAAUUAA